AAGUAGGGGCGUUGUCGAAUUAUUCUAAAUGAACGUGUGUGAACCAUGGAGGGCACGAGUCAGAGACGCGUGCAGUGAAGAGGAAUCAGGACGACAGGAAAGAAGAGAAUGACGACACCGCUGGGCCCUCGCCAGAAGAGGAGGAAGUGCCCAGUUCCAAGAGGACCAAAGCUGGACACAGUUCUGAUGAUGACUCAUCGUCAGAUGAGGAAGAGGGAGGCAGGGAUCCUGGGAAAGCCACAUACAGGGGACCAGUUCUAAAGCGCGACAACAAAGAGUUCUCAAAGACCCUCCGUGAUCUGCAUGCCCUAACCUGUGACCCCAACACUCUAUCGGGGGAGGGGGAGGAGCGUUCUCAGAGACUGAAGGAGACUAGUGGCAGACUGAGGCAGCUCAUCAGUGGACCUGCCGGGGAGGCAGAGGUGCCCAACCACUUCAAGUUGCUCCAGAUACAUCUGAAGCACACCUUGCUGCACUCGCAAAAAAUAAGAGAUGAGGAGAAUGUGAAGAGUUUUCUGUGUGGACUGGAGGAUGGUUCCGCUGGCAGGAGUGGUGAUGACGACUCCGUGUUUGUCAUUCCUCGCAAACUACGCCACUGAGCUCUGGUACCAGUGGAGGGAGGAGGAGAAGGAGUGGUAUUGGACACCAGACCGUGAGAACCACAUGCCGUGCUCGUCUGACGUGGUGACCGGAGGGCAGUGGAAGGGGGAAACCCCUGCCCCUGAGAAUGUGGAGAUAAUUGCCUACCUCGAUGCUCUUCGUCUGACCCCCUGCGACGAGCAGUACAUACCUCGCCUAGAGUUUGAUGUCGUUAAGGUUCUGAAAGCUCUGGUUUGCUGUGGGGAGACUGAGGCUGAAGGAAAUGCUAAAGAGGUGGUUAAAUUGUGGAGGAAUGCAACAAAUGUGACUAAUGAUUCUAAUCACCACGUGGAGUCCUGGUUGAGAGAGCUGAAGAGCCUUGAAGAAGAAAGAAUUGACUAGUUUUCUAUGUCCUGAAAAUAAAUUACGUUGAGCAAGAAAUAAACAGCAUAGAGUAAUUUAGAUAAUUAAUCUCACACUUUGCACUCUGAAGGAUAAAGUGUGCAGUAAGCCACUAUC